AUGGAAAGUUUACAGUCAAACAACAUCUAUAAUUUGAUAGAAGAAGGAGUUAUUGAAGAUGUCAAUUCAGUGCUUCCAUUGACGAGUGGAUUAACGCUUCUUCAAACAGCAGCUAUGGAUUGCGAUGAAAGAUUGGUUGAUUUUUUGCUAAGCAAGCAAGCUGAUGUCAAUUUAACAAACCAAGAAUGGGGUACAGCUCUUCAUAUUGCUGUUAAGAAGCAAAAUUUGAAGAUCAUUCAAAGUUUAAUUGACUGUGGAGCAGACGUCAAUGCUAAAAUACCUGUGGACCCUCGUUUCACACAAUUACAGUUGGCAGUUAGGAGAAAAUCCAUAGAAAUUGCUGAAUUAUUAUUAGAAAAUGGUGCUGACAUCGAUAGUGGUUCGACUGGAAAUGAAUCCUAUUCGAUUAAACUACCUAAUAAACCAGUGUCUUUGGAAAAAACACCACUACACAUGGCCAUUCAUCAAGGUAAUAAAGAAAUGGUAGAAUUACUUCUCAAAAAAAAUGCCAACCCGAAUAUUUUUUCAACCCGUGCAACACCACUCGACACCGCGGUUAGAAAAGGCAAUUUAAAAGUUAUGAAGCUUCUUCUUGCCCAUGACACAGAUGUCAAUGGUUCAAAGAAUGAAUGA